UUACAUCCUGAUUGCAUGUUCUCGUGAGUCGAGCUCGAGAUGUCGCCCCGGAACAGCCAUGACUACGAAGGGGAGUCGUUCGACGAUGCCCCCGAAUCCAUCGAUAACCUCCAUGUGACCAUUCCGAAGUCCUCGUCAGCCCGGUCGUUGACCGAUAGCCCGCCCGUGGGGGUGGGUGCGUCACCAGAAAUCACGGAGAAGCCACUGUUUCCUUCUGAAUCGCAGGUCGAGCAGAAGGAUGAGGACUACGGAAGUGAGCAGACUACACCCAAAAAGAAGAAUAAGAAGAAAAACAAGAAAAAGGGGAACCAGCCAGACGAAGGGGAGGCUGCCGCGGAGGAACAGGCGGAGGAGCUACAGGAGCAGAAGCUUGGAGACGACCUGAAGCUUGAGACAGUCAACGUGGAAGAAGACGACAAAAUAGUUGAACAGGUCAAGGACGAAGAUCUAGGAGAACAUACUGGGUUGGAUGGUACAGGCGAAGAGGAGGCGCCUGAUCGGAAUAUCACCCCGAAGUCACCCCUACUCACGUCCCACCGUUUAUCGUCGGCCUCGUCCCUUGACGAGGUGGUCCUCACAACCAGCAAGGAUGAGGAGCCUUUCAAUGUUGCAAACCCCGAGACCAAGCCGGAACUACCUCCCGUGCCCCCCAAAGACGAUGCUACGCCCAGCUCCGGCCUGAAGGGUCUGUCUGGAAACUUACCGUCCGUGCCAUGGGCACCACCUCCCGUCAACAAAAACCCUCUUCCACCCCCUCCCCCACCUCUACCUCGCAAAUCCAGCGGCCCUUUCGCAUGGUUCUCUCGGGGCUCAGUUGGAGCCAAAGAGGUCAAGUCCCCGCCCCCGGCUGGAUCUAGGCGAAACACUUCCACUUCGGUAUCAACCAUCGCCAGCAACUUGGACCUGGUGGCGGAUGGAGAUGCGUCAAGUGUCAAUUCGAAGAGGCCGCGGCGGAAUAGCUUGAAGGACCAAUUUAAGCUGCUGCGUAUGCGGGAGGAUACUACCUGGGCCGAGCACGAGGAAGCCGGUGCACGAUCGGGGCCUCCUAGCGUAAGCCAUCCUGGAAUGAGCCCCCCAAUCAUCCCGGAAGAAAAUGAGACCGGCAUUUUGUACCCUCCUGCAACUGCCUCCGCCGCGACUUCUCCCGGAACUGAAAAUCCAUCGACAAUUAAUCCCAACCUUGCCCCUGGCACUGUGUCUGGAUUUGCCAAGGCACCAGACGAUGCAUCGGCACCUGUGGACUGGGAGCUCUGGCAGUCACUCGUCAACAAUGGGCCUCAGGCGCUAGUGAACUCGGAAGAGCUGAAUUCCGCUAUCAAAAGGGGCAUUCCACAGACCAUUCGAGGCGUUAUUUGGCAGAUUUUGGCGGAUUGCCGCGCUGGCGAAUUGGAGGACAUUUACCGGGACUUGGUAGCGCGUGGGACGGACAAGGAGCGUCGGCCAUCGAAUGGCCAGUUUAAUGGGAUUAUCGAGGAAUCGAACACAUCCUCACGCUCUUCAAUUCGGUCUGAUCACUCGGGAUCUGCCACACAAUCCACCAGUGUGAGCCCCUCCCAGGAGAUGGAUCCGGAGAAGUUGGCCAAGGAACAGCUGGCCAGCGAGACUGCUCGUGCCAAGAAGGCCAAGGAUGAGGCAGUUGCGCUGCAGAAGCUGGAAAAGGUCAUUCGCCGGGAUCUGGGCUCACGCACAAGUUAUUCGAAAUACUUUGUCUCGCAAGGAAGUCAGGAGAGUCUCUAUGGGUUGUGCAAGGCCUAUGCCCUCUAUGAUGAGGGUGUGGGCUAUGCUCAGGGUAUGAACUUUAUUGUCAUGCCUCUACUUUUCAACAUGGAUGAAGUCGAGGCAUUUGAGCUUCUUGUGAAACUCAUGAACAAAUAUGGACUUCGCGAGAUGUUCAUUGCGGACAUGCCUGGUCUACACCGCAGCCUCUACCAGUUUGAGCGACUCUUGGAAGACCUAGAGCCGGCCCUCUACUGUCACCUUCGACGUCGUGGCGUUCCCCCGCAAUUAUAUGCCACCCAGUGGUUCUUGACAUUGUUUGCCUAUCGAUUCCCGCUGCAGCUUGUCCUUCGUAUUUACGACCUGAUCUUCGAAGAGGGUCUUGAGCGCACUAUCCUCAAGUUUUCUAUUGCCAUCAUGAGACGGAAUGCCGAAACACUCCUGGGCAUGAAAGAUAUGAGCACGCUCACUACUUUCUUGAAGGAACGCCUGUUCGACGCAUAUAUCGACAAGCAGCCUUCAGCGUCGUCUAUCUUGGAGUCGGGGUUCUUCGGAAGCUCUGGAGCCGCCGACAAAGAAGUAUACCGCGCCGAUAUUCUAGUUCAAGAUGCCUGUGACGUCCCUCUUACCCAGGAUAUGAUCAAGUCUUACACCGCUGAGUGGGAGGAGAAGACCCGAACGGAGAAAGAGCGCGAGAUCGAGCUGGAGCACUUGCGGCACACUGUAGCUACGCAGGCUGCCCGAGUGCGCUUGCUUGAGGAGCGUGCCGAGGCGUCCGACAAGGAGCAUGUACAGCUCGCAUCGGAACUGGUUCACGCCAAGGUGGAGAAUGAGGAAUUACGUGACUUGACCGAUGCUUUGAAGCUGCAAGUCAGCGAGCUGAAGAUCGUGGUCGACAAGCAGCCCGGUGAAGUGGAAGAGAAACUUCGCAUGGAGAUGGAGCGCAUCAUGAAGCGUAACAUUGAAGUGCAGAAUGAGAACCGGGCAAUGGAAGACUCCAUGGCCGAAAUGGAGAAGGAGCUAGUUUCCACGAAGAUGAAGUGGGCCGAGAUGUCCGAGAACCACGAGACCCUCCGUCAGAAAUGGAGCGACCUCCGCCGGGCCCUCGACUGA